AUACGCCAUACCGUCACCAUGGCGACUCCUAUCAAUAUCAACUCGAGACAGUCACCGCCGGGGCAGCAGGCUUCCAAUCUAACAUCUGCACUUCAGCGGGCAGGUAACGACCGUGUGGGCAGUAUAUCUCAUGCCAGUGGAGGACUCGGCGUAUUUAGAGCACCUCCUCCUAGAAAGGACUCGAUCGGCGCCGCCACAGCGCAAUGGGGAAACGGAACGAAGCCCAUUACUAUGUCGGGAUCUGCCCGCGAUAAAGGUCGCCGGGAAUCUUUGGCCGGCAGCUUGGUCGGCGGUAUGAGCUGGGGUGGUAUAUCGGUCGGAAGCUGGAUUCGUGAUGACAUCAUCAUGACUGGCACGUCGCCUUUCACCUUCCAGUCGCCUAGUUUCCACUCGUCAUCAUAUUUGCCGAAGCUAGAGGCCAACUUCAUGCGGGACUUUUCCUGCUGCGGUGUGACGUUACCGACGCUCCAUGACCUAUUACAGCAUUACGAAGAAGCUCAUGCCACAAAGUCGCCCAACCAAGGCGAACAUCGCGCGAGCCAAGGUGAUCACCGCGCGGCCUUGGCGGCUGCCGCCAUUUCACAGCAACAGAGCCAGCAACAUGGCAACCAAGGGCGCGGCUUGCAGAACGAUCGGACCCUGGACAUGCAGCGUAAGCUGGGUCAAAACACUUCCCUAUCCCAGCAUGUGGAUCUAGACACUAUCGACGACAUGGAGUUGGACGAGCCCAUGGACGACGGGGAUGGCACGACUUCUCAGCUGUUCUCACCCCAGUUACGCGAAGGAGGUCAGGGCGGUUUUGGCAACCCCAACCAAGGCCCACAAUUAAAUCUCGGCAUGCUUCCUAGCCGUCAGGGCUUCAACUCUCCUUCUCAACCAGGUACCCCGAUUGGAUCUGGACGUCCUCUUUCCCUGCAGAAUAACCCAACCGUUUCUUCCGUCAACACUCCCACGUUAAUGGCCAACCCACUACAAACAUCUCAGUUCCGAAAUACUCCUGAUUCGUCAGGUCCUGGAACGCCAGCUGAAAUUGAUGAGAGCGUCGUAGGCGGAUUUGGCGACCUCACUAUGCAGAAUAACGUCAUGGGCCAGAAUCAGGGUCAGUACGGACGUUUCGCCGGAAAUAAUGAUAUGGUCGAUCUCUGCAUCGACGAGCCAGCCAAGAGACUGUUCAGUCCAAAUGGAGGCAUGGGCACCCCGAACGCCCAUUUCAAGCUCAGCGGAGCCCAAUAUGGCCCUAACAGUGACAUUGCGAGACGGAUCCGUGAACAGCAGCUUCUUGCUGGAGUUCCCGAUACUACAACCAUUCUACCCAACGAGGAGCCAAAGCCAUUCCGAUGCCCGGUUAUUGGUUGUGAGAAGGCUUAUAAGAAUCAGAACGGUCUGAAAUAUCACAAAGCUCACGGCCACAAUAAUCAACAGCUACAUGACAAUGCAGAUGGAACAUUUUCUAUCGUCAACCCAGAGACAUCGGCCCCAUACCCCGGCACCCUCGGCAUGGAGAAAGAAAAGCCGUAUCGCUGUGAAGUGUGCGGCAAGCGGUACAAAAACCUCAACGGUCUGAAAUAUCACAAAUCACACUCACCGCCCUGCAACCCAGACUUCCAACUGGGUCGAGGUUUGAACCUCGGCGGUGGUGUGAUGCAAGGCCAGAAUAUCAAUGUGGCAGGAGCUGGACUCCCCGGAAUAGGCGAGGAGGGCCUAAUGUAA